AUGAUUUUUAUAUUGCUUGUACAAAUUAGUUAGUGUUUAAGCAUUUCUCAAUUUUUGGAUCUAACUCCAUUUUAAAUAUAGGAAUUGAAGUUAGAAACAUUAUAGGAGUAUUUUAUAUCAGGUUCAAUGGUGGGUUAUAUAGGGUUUAAGGAAUAUUAUGAAUUGAUUGAUAAAUUAGCUAAUUCAUUUCCAAAAUAUGUAACAUUGUAAUCAUUUGGGAAUACUCAUUUAGGAACUAAUAUAAAGACUAUAAAAAUAUAAACAGCCAAAUCUCCAAAAUAUUAAAUAACUAUGAUUGGUAUGUUGGGUGGUACUAUUGAUUUAAUCUCUGUAAAUUAUCUCCUAUAUCAAUUGUUUUAUAUCACCAUAUAAUUGUGUAAUAAUAAUCAAUUUAUGACGACUUUAUUUUCAGAUAAAUAAUUAUUGAUCACUCCUUUAAUCAAUGCUGAUGGACUUCACUUUAUAACCAAUUAAUUUAUUUAAACUUAUGACUUACCUUUAAUUUUCAAAAAUAGAAAUCCAUCAAAUUCAAAUGAAUGUUCUUAAACUGAACAAGGAGUAGAUCUUUCAAGGAAUUUCUAAUACAAAUUUGGAAUCAAUGAUAUAGGAUCAUCUUCAAAUUAAUGUAGUCAAAUUUACAGAGGAAGAAGGGCAUUUUCUGAAGUUGAAACAUUAGCUAUAGAUAAUUUAAUUUAAUAGAUUCGACCCAAUAUUAUUAUUGUAAUUGGAGGUGAUUAUGACAAGUUGAUUAUUCCUGAUUCCAAAUCCUCAACUUAUUAGGAACUCCUUUAUUAAAUUGCUUAUAAAUAUAAUUUCAAUAUGGGAGACUAUCAAACUUUAAAUCAAGUCGAAAUAAAUGGGGACUUAUGUUAAAAUUACAUUUAUCAAAUCAAUAAAAUAUGUUUCACUUUUAAUAUUGGAUAAUAUGCAUUAAAUUAAACUAUCCUUUACUUUUAGGAUCUUCUACUAGAUUUCUUAUCAUAUUACAGUCCAUCACUUCAGUAAAAGAUAUUUACAUAUAUAGAAUCUAAUAUGAAUAAGCAUUUGAUUGUAAACAUGGCAAAAUGUUAUGUAAAAAACUCCAGUCUAAUGAGAAAGGUUGUAUAGUCAUCGUUUCUGUUAAGAAUAUAGGCUAUAACCAAUUUAAUGACAAUAUUGUGAUUGACAUUACAUUAAAUUAAGGAGGUGAAAAAUUAUAUUAGAUUAAUUCUUAUGUUAUAACUUAAAGCAUCUAAAAUAUUAGUGAUUCAAAAUUAUAGAAUGGCAUAAACAUUGAAGAAAUAUCUACAGAUAGAAUUUUUAGAUAUUAAAUUAAUAAUUCUAAAAAAUUAAGUUAAAAUCAGACCAUUUAUUUCGUUUUUUUAAUUACUCAAUAUGGGUUCUCUUAUAAUUACAUUAAUACGGUUGAAUCAAUCAAUUUAACAUUCUCACUUUAAAAUACUUUAUUAAAUUCUCAUGUUUUAAAAACAUUAACACCUACAAACAUGGCUUCAAAAUUUACUAAUGAAAAACUUUAAUAGAUAUUUCCUAAUCGAUCUGAAUCAUAUGUUAUAUUAAUAUGUUUUGCAGCCACCUCUAUUAUAUUCUUUUUUAUUUGGAUACUUAGAAAAAUAUAUCUAUGGAUUUAUAAUCUUGAUCAUUUUAUUGAAGAAAAUAAAUCAAAAAGUGGAGGAGAAGAUGAAAAAAAUUCAGAUUAAUUUUAUUCACAUAAUCUAGUAGAAAGUAGAUUAAAUACAUAAGUAAAAUUCUCAUAAAUUGCACCUUUCUAAUCCAUAAGAUAAAAUGAAUCACCUCCACUAAGUAGAAUGCCUAGUAAUUAAGAAUAAACAAAAUAAUAAAUUCAAUUAUUUAAUGGGAAUCAUUUAAUACCUCAUUUUAAUCCUAUUGAAAUUGAAAAUAGAGUAAACAAAGCAUUAGAAAUAGUAUAAUCUUGGGACGAUUUAGAUAAGUUAAAAUAAUAAUAAUAGUAGUUAGACUUAUACGAUUAUAAUAAUAAUAAUAAUAAUAAUAAUAAUAAUAAUAAUAAUAAUAAUAAUAAUAAUAAUAAUAAUAAUAAUAAUAAUAAUAAUAAUAAUAAUUAAUAAUAAUAACAUCAAAAUGAAGUAGUACUCAUUAAUAAACUAAAUAUUUAACACAAUAAUGAUGAUUAAUUUGUUAAAUUUGAGGAUUGA